GGGUUAGCUCGUCUGUGUUAUCGUAGUUAAACAACCGUGUGACCUUAAAGAGCUAUUUUCGUUUUCGCCAGUUGUAGUUUAAUGAGAGUUUAAAAGGAAAUAUAAGCCAAAAGUAGAAUGGAGGUAUCAGGCAAGACACUAUCAGAUCAAGACCGGACCUUUUGCCAACCAUGUUCUGAAGAAGGGGAAAACAUCGAUGCCGAUGCCUUCUGCACCGUAUGCAAGGAGUUCCUGUGUUCAACCUGUGAAAACGAACACAGAACAUUUAAGGCUACCAAAAGACAUACUCUAAUAGACAAGACAAACAUGCCAACAUCGAUGACGGAAAAAAGCCAUAAAGAGGACACCAAUGUGCAAUGCGAUAUCCAUCCCAAUGAAUUUAUCAAAUACUUCUGCCCCGCCCACGAGACAAUCAACUGCGGACAUUGCCUAGCAUUUGAGCAUCGGUCAUGCAAGAUAAGCCUCAUUUCCGAAAUAUCGGAUUCUUUCGAAACAAGUCAGGAUUAUGGCAACAUCCAAAUUUCCAUUAAUAGGCUACUCAAAGACGUAAAUGACUGUGUCAGUGGCGUUGAGAGCAACAUCAAAAUGGUUUUAAAGUUAGGUGAAGACGAGAUUAAAAAGCUUAAUGAUUAUCGAGAAAAGGUCAACAACUACUUCAAUGAAAGGGAAAAAUCCCUUCUUGAGAUCAUAGAGCAAAUAAAAGAUAUGGACAAAACAAAACUGGACUUUCUGAAACCAAAAUGUGAUGAAAUUAAGGCUAAAUUAGACGAAAUGAAGUGUAAGCUUGAUGCACAGGAAAGAAACAGUGUCAACUUGUUUAUUAAAGCGAAGAAAGUAAGAAAACAGGUUGAAAGUCUGGAAGCGUCCUUGAAUGAUAUCAGCAAGGAGAACACCGUCCAACGUUACGAAUUUAUAAAGGACACGGCCACUGAGAAACUGAUUACAACAGGAAGCGGUCUUGGCAUAGUCAGUAAAGAUCAGAAAACGGGAAACCAGACGGUACCAAUUGAUCUAACAAGCCUAAAGUUCACCAAAGUUCCAGGCAUUCUAGUCAAGUCUUCAUCCGACAUCGGAGAAUGUCGGCUGACCAGCAUGCUUCUACUACCUGGAAACAGGCUGUUAGUGUCAGACCACAAUAAUAGCACGUUGAAGUUGGUGGACCUCCAAACCAGCUCAAUGAUAUCCCGAAUCAAGCUGCCAGGUAUGCCGUGGGGUAUGUGUGUCCUCCCUGCGGAUAAAGUAGCUGUUUGUUUAUACGAUAAAAGUAGUAUUGUUUUCUUAGAGACCCGAGGACAAAUCACCAUAGGAACCAGCAUUAAGGUAGAAGCAAAGUGUUAUGAUAUCGCCUACCAUAAUGACCAGCUGGUUGUCUCCUUCGAAUUUGGAAAUAUCGUGAAAAUGGAUAUGGAAGGCAAUUCUAUCAAAAAGAUGGACACUGUUAAUGGACAAGCACUGUUUAACCGUUGCUGUAAUAUGACACUGAUGGAUGAUGGUCGGAAUGUUGCUAUUUGUGUGUCAGACUACCAUAACCACACAGUCACCAAGCUGGACAUUGACUUAAAUAUUCUCCAAACAUUCAAUGAUCCUGCAAUACAAAACCCGAGGGGCCUCACUGCAUUUGGAAAUCAACUGCUUAUAUGUAGUAAUGGUACUAACAAAAUAGUUCGUCUUGACAUGUCCAGUGGUACAAUGAUCCAACUGUUGGGAGAAAGCGAUGGUAUACAACACCCAUACAGUGCCGUCUACAACCCUGAACAAAACAAACUGCACAUUGUCAGCAACGGAUACAGAACAAAUGACUUGACCAAUAAAGUGCAAGUGUUCAAGGCUUCAUGAACUUGAAUUUAAUGUUGACAAUGAUUAUCGCUGUUUGACAAUAAGCAUCUUCAGAACAAAUUGUUAACUAAUUAUUUUCAGUAAUUUAUGAUAAAUGGAUAUCUGAAUGCAAUGAACCAGGGAUAUAUAGUCAAAAUGAUGUACAAAUGAUAAAUGUGCGCAUAGAGGCCAAACAUUGGUUAUAAAACAUAAUUAUUAUUUGAGUUUUGUCGGGUAUAAAACCAUCAAAGUAAGUUUUUAAAAAUACAGGAAACACGUAUAUAUCAUAUGUUGGCGAGAAUAUUGAAAUACUGUACAUUGUGAGAACAAGUCAUUCGCUAAUUCCCUUUUAUCAAGAUACCACAGCAAAUACUACCCAAUAAGUGAAGGUAUGAUCUUGCUCUUAUUUAGGAAAAAACACAUUAAUUUGAAGAGGAAAUGGACAGAAUUACUCUCGGCACUGAGAUUAUACUGUAAAAGGUGUUUGGAAUUUAGUGGUUAACAGUGAACAAAGCAAAAAGGUCCUAGCUUUGCUAAACGACUCUGCAGGCAUUAAUUUGUUUAUACACGAAUGAGUUGCAAUAAAGACCAAUGUGAAUAGUUAAACUUAAACAUAUACUGAAUUAUAUGUUCCAUUGAUUAUGAUUGUAUUGCAAUAAUAAAAUUGUGAUAAUAUGUCGAGGCCAGUGUCAGUUUUGCCAGUUUGAAAUAAUAUGAAUCGGAGUUCAUGCUUUUUCACGAACUAAGUGAAGCUAAUGUUGUUUAACAUACUGUAGAACCUUGGUUUUGAUGAUUCUUUAUUAUUAAAUUGUUAACAAAACUUAAAAAAAAUCGAAUUUUAUACGACAGAACCCUUUAAGGGUUAAAUAUUAUCGUUCUUAAAAUGUGAAGGUUUGCUUUAAAAGAGAAUGUUUCAUUAUUCUCAAAAUUGAAAGUAUACUACACUCAUUGGACUUGAUCUUCAUCUUAGUUAUGGUUUUUA